AUGACAUCAGAGAUCAGACAGCGAGCGGGCUUUGAGCCCAUCGCACCUGGUCUCCGCACUCCACCAGCAGAUCAACUUUCCCCGCCACAAUCCGAGGAUGAGGAUGUCGACGUUGCUGUCCCUUCUCGAGGUGGCAAGAAGGCGGCAACAAACAAGCUUCACCCUGACGAUGACAUUCCUGACGACUACGUCACCCGCACACUGGAACGCGAGCCAGCGUUGCCACCUAUCCAGUGGAAGAACCUCUUGAGCGAGAUUCAAUGGGUAUCCGCCAUCGUCCUCACCACCACUCCCUUACUCGCGAUCUACGGUCUCUGCACAACAAAGAUGACCUGGCCCACUGCCAUCUGGUCGUUGAUCUACUACUUCUGGACGGGUCUUGGCAUCACUGCUGGUUACCACAGAUUGUGGGCACACCGCUCUUACAACGCCUCCAAGCCAUUGCAGUACAUUCUCGCACUCUGGGGUAGCGGUGCCGUUCAAGGCUCCAUUCACUGGUGGGCUCGCGGCCACCGCGCUCACCACAGAUACACCGACACCGAUCUUGAUCCUUACGGCGCUCACUUCGGUUUGCUUUGGUCUCACCUCGGAUGGAUGAUCGUCAAGCCCCGUCGCAAGCCCGGUGUGGCCGACAUCAGUGACCUGCGCCGCAACUCGGUCAUCAAGUUCCAGCACAAAUUCUACUUGCCCCUCAUUUUCAUCAUGGGCUUUGCCGUUCCCACCGUGGUCGCUGGCUUGGGUUGGGGAGACUGGCGCGGAGGUUUCUUCUACGCAGGCGUCGCUCGUCUUGUGUUUGUUCACCACUCCACCUUCUGCGUCAACUCCCUCGCACACUACCUUGGUGAGGCCACCUUCGACAACAAGAUGACUCCUCGCGACCACUUCAUCACUGCUCUGGUCACUGUUGGUGAAGGUUACCACAACUUCCACCAUCAAUUCCCAAUGGACUACCGCAACGCCGUGCAAUGGUACCAGUACGAUCCCACCAAGUGGUUCAUUACCGCCAUGCAAGCCGUUGGUCUCGCCAGCCAUCUCAAGGUGUUUCCCGACAACGAAGUGCGCAAGGGACGUGUGGCUAUGCAAUUGCAGAAGCUUCACGCUGAGCAAGCCGCUCUCACUUGGCCCAAGCACAGCAACAACUUGCCCGUCAUUUCGUGGGACGACUACCAAGAGGAGGCCAAGACGCGUCCUUUGAUGGUCAUUCACGGAUUCAUUCACGACGUGUCUGCAUUCAUCGCCGAGCACCCUGGUGGAGAGCACCUGUUGAAGGCCAAGAUUGGCAAAGACGCGACCACUGCAUUCAACGGAGGUAUCUACGACCACAGCAACGCAGCGCACAACCUGCUCGCCGGUAUGCGCGUCGGCGUUUUGGACGGCGGCUACCGAUUGGCCAGCGACGAGCUCGCGGAAGCUGAGAGGCUGCGCAUUGCUGCCAACGAGGCGGUGGGUAAGGCCGUUCCCGAGAAUGGCAGACCGCCCAAAGCUCAAUUCUCUGCACCUCAAGACGAUCUCGACUUGAGAGGUGUUGAUGCGCGCGCUACCAAGUACACCACGCCGGGAGAGACCUAUCUGAUCCGUCAAGUUGGCGAGCUGAAGGCCAACGUGCGCGACUAUCAGGGACGCGUCGGAAAGUGGUGA